AUGGAAGUUUUAAAAACGAGAGAAACGAUGCUCACAAAUCAAGAAGUUCUUUCAUUUCUGAAUGCUCUCAAAAAAGAAGAAGAUAAUAAACAGCAACAUGAGCGGUGUAAGCAGCUUUCAACUGUCAUCUACGAGACGAAAAAAUAUCUGAAUACGAGCCCAGCAGUGACGCAGAACGAGGCAGUCAUUUGUGAGCUUAUUCCUAAAUUAGCACCCUUCAAACUCACUGGCGCGGAAACUCUGCAAGUUAUCAAUUUGAGACCAUCGACCACAGCUGAUAUCCAACUGCUAAUCGAAGAAACAGAAGAACGAUUCCCAUCUGAAGAGGAUCUCGAAAAGCUCGUGAGCACUGUAUCCGAAUGUCUGCCACCUCCACCAAAACGAUGAUCUCUCUCUCUCUCUCUCUUAAUUUUUUUUCUUCUUGUUGAUUUCGAAACUGUUGACUGCUGACUGUUAUGAAUAAAAUGUUACUGUUUU